AUGUCCUCGUCCCCCACCAACAACGUAGAAGAGGAUGCUUGGUUGAUGAGGAUUGAAUUGAAGAGAGAAGAGCUCGAAGAAAUUUUCAAGGAGGACAAGAGCAAGGAAGUUGUCGGAGAUCAAACUCCGGCAGUAGAGCCGGCCUUGCCCGUGGAGAAAGAAGAAGAUGUCCUCCAACCAUACUAUGAAUACCUCACUCCCACUGAGAUUGAGGCCUUUAGGAUCAUCGAAAUGAGGAAAGGCCCCCGCGGAGGACCGGCUCCACCGCCGACGCGCACGUGGUACUGGUUCCAUCCGCUCCCCGCCGAGGCAGCCGGCGCCGACAACGCCGACGACCCGCUCGCCGCGGGCAACGCAGACCAUCCCGACCCGCUCCCCGUCGAGGCAGCCGACGCCAACAACCCGGACCUCAUACUAGCCGACGCCGACGCGGAGGACGAGGACGAGGCCGACAACAAUGACCACCUCGACCACCCGCUCGGCGCCGAGGCAGCCGACGGCGACCACCCCGACCUCCCUCUCGGCGGCGAGGAGGCCGACGGCGACCACCACGACCUCCCGCUCCCCGCCGAGGAGGUCGACGGCGACCACCACGACCUCCCGCUCCCCGCCGAGGAGGCCAACGGCGACCACCACGACCUCCCGCUCGCCGCCGAGGAGGCCGACAGCGACCAACACGACCUCCCGCUCGCCGCCGAGGAGGCCGACGGCGACCACCACAACCUCCCGCUCGCUGACGCCGACGCGGACGCGGAGGAAGACGCAGAGGCCGAAGCCGGGGCCGACGACCCCGCCGAGCUUCCCGCCGGCCCCGACGCCGCGGCUCCCCCGGAUGCCCCUCCUGCCGCCGCUCUCCUGGGCCCGCUGCCGGAGCCGUCUUCGCCCCUGGCGUACCAUCCCGCUGCAAUGCCGCUUGAGGAAUUCGAUCAGUGGGGGGCCCCGUCCAUUUGGCGGCAGAGGAGGAGGACGACGAUGACGACUAGUCGUAGAGUACAGCGGAGUCCUGACAGUUCACCUCUUCAAAAGUUUUCGCCCCUCAGAAACGAUGACAGCAGAACUGAACGCCUGCUUUUGGCAUGUAGAUAGAUAGGUUCAGGUUCGGAAAACUCAGCAGCUGUGGUAUUCAGAAAACUCAGCAGCCAAACUUGCUUCAAUCUUAUUUUGUCUUGCGGUUCUAUGAUUCAGAACUGCUUGGAUCAUUGCGUGCAAUGGUUGAACAGUAUUUUGGUGAUGCUGGUUGUAGUAGUUGUUGCAGACUUGCAGUUUCGCUCUUCUGACAUUGAUCUCUGUUAUGUCAUUGGUACUGUUUCCUGGAUGAAGCAUUACACUGUAGAUGUUCUUGCAGCGAGUUGAUGA